CAUUGAAAACAAGUAACCAUAGAUUGACCGACUUCAUUAUGGCGUCAACAGAUCACGAAAUGAAAAUGUUCAACCUCCAACAACAAGUUCGACAGAAUCAGGGUGAACUGGAGGAAUAUCUCAAAGAAAUGAACAACUGGGAAGAAGAAGUUAAGAGGAAAGAAUCUGAUGUUUUGAAGCAAAAGCCAAACAAAGCCAUGGAAAUCCCACCUGUAAGGAACUGCAUGUUCAAAAAGAAAAAGAAAAAAGUGAAAAAGUCUAAAGAUGAAGCUGGCAAAUCAUCAAGAAUAAGUGGAUAUGAUUACAGAAAAUGGGAUAAGUUUAAUGUUGAUAAAGAAUUAGAGAAAAUUGAAGCCCAGGAAAAGAGUGAAUCAUCAGAAUAUGAAACAGAUGAAGAAUGGGAAAUGGAAAGAAAGAAGCAUAUGGCAAAUUUAGAGAAAGAAAAGGGAAAUGAUAAUUUCAAAAGACAAGAUUAUGCACUGGCCAUUGAAGCUUAUACAAAGGCUAUUGAACUUGAUCCUACUAAUGCAAUAAUGCCAGCAAACAGGGCUAUGGCCUUACUGAAGCAAGAAAAAUAUGGAGCUGCUGAAGCUGAUUGUCUGCAAGCCCUAAGUCUUGACCCUUUGUAUGUUAAGGCUUACCUGCGACUUGGUGCAGCAAGGUUUGAACUAAAGAAACUUGACACUGCAAAAGAUGCAUUUGAGAAAGCUUUAAGAUUAGAACCUCAAAAUAAAACUGCACAGAAAGAAUUAGAAAGAAUUGAAAAGGAGUUAACAAAAGAUAAAAUGGUAGAACAAAAAGAUAUGACAAAGUCUCCUGAUGAAGGAUUAGUAAAACCAAUCACAAAACCGUCAGAUCAAAAAUCAAAGAAACCUUUAGUUAGAAUACAGAUUGAAGAAAUUGGAGGUGAAGAUGACACUCAUAGGCGUGCAGCAAUUGAGGAAGUAGAAAAAUCCCAGAGUGAAGCUAAAAAGCAAAUAACUUCACAAGACAAUAAAAUGUUUGAGAAAUUUACAAGUAGUACUGGUCCCUUAAAAAGUACUGAAAAUCAUAGAAAUAGUGACAAAACUUCUACAAAUAUUAAAGAAAGUGUGAAAACUUUAAGCAAAGAUAGCAGUAUUAAAUUAGACUUGAAAGAUGUAACCAAAAGUAUUCCAGAUGAAUCAAAAUCUGUAUCACCUAGAAGUAUGCCUGUACCUCAAUCAUCUUUUCAGUUUCAGACAGAUUAUAAAGAACUAAAGAGUGACCUGAGGUCAUUCUAUGUAUAUCUUAAAAAAAUUAAUCCAGAAGACUAUCCAAAGCUGUUUGGUCAGUUCUUAGAUGCAGAAAUAGUACUCAACAUGCUCACUGUGUUCAAAAAUUUCUUUAUUCCGGCAGAUGAAGACUUUUACACAUGUAUGUGUCACUUAGCUAAAGUGAAGCGAUUUAAUAUGACAGUUAUGUUCUUUUCAAAGAAGGAAAAGUCAGUGAUCAGUGAAUUGAUUGGACAUUUACAGAAAACAGAGAAAGUGACAUCAACAGAACUACAAAAACUUAAGAAAAUAUAUGAAAUAAGCUGAUGAUUAUUUAUUAUUGUAUGUUUGGUGCAUUAACAUUCAUUAAAGAGUAAAGGAUUA